AGUCAUACCGCGUCUCUGAAAUCAUCAUAAACAUAUACAGUUGCUUCAAAUAAAAGCCAUCAAGUCAAAAUCAAUAGUAUCUAAAAGUCAAACACACCAAAAUCCAUCUACUCUAAUCAAAUAUUGAUUCAAUUUAAUUCCCUUCAAUCUCACCAUCCUCAUAAUCGAGUUUGUGCAGUUCGUGAAUCUAAAUCCCCCAAUUCCCAAAACUUAAAAAAAAAAAAAAAUAAUGUCAAAAUCACCAUCAAUUUCCAAAUCUAUUUUCACUAGAUUCCUUAAUCACCAUCAUCAUAAUCUCGUCUCAAAACCCCCAAUUUCAUCUCCAAUUUCUCGUUCAAUAUCUCGUAGUUACAGUGCAGUCCCACCAUCUUUCAGACAUCCUAUAUUUCCGCCCCAAAAUUCGUCUCCAAAACUAUCAGAAUUGAAUUUGAGUAGAAGUUAUCUAGGGUUUAGGUACACUACAAAUGGGGGUUCGAAAUCAGGUGGGAAAGUGGAUGUGAAUACAUUGAAAGGGAAGAUUUUUAAGGAGCCUGUGAAGGUUGUGGGUAAGACGUUUUCGAGGUAUAAACAGGCGGUGGGGUUGCAAAUGGAUGCGUUUUGGAGAAGGAAUGCAGUGAUAUUAGUGACAGCUGGUGGUGCGUUUAUAUGUGUUUUGUUAUGGAGGGUUAUGUUUGGGAUUGCUAAUACUUUUAUUGGGUUUUCUGAGGGUAUGGCUAAGUAUGGUUUUCUUGCUCUUUCUUCCGCUAUCGUUGCUUUCACUGGAUUGUAUCUUCAUUUAAGAUUCAAUAUCAAUCCUGACAAGGUUUAUCGGAUGGCAAUGAGAAAACUUAACACCUCUGCUGACAUUCUUGAAAUUAUGGGUGCUCCGCUCACGGGAACAGAUUUAAGAGCAUAUGUUAUGUCAGGAGGUGGUAUAACACUAAAAAACUUCAAGGCAGGUCUCAGGAGCAGGCGAUGUUUUCUUAUUUUCCCAAUACGUGGUUCUGAGAUGAAAGGCUUAGUUAGUGUUGAAGUCAAGAACAAAAAAGGCCAGUAUGAUAUGAAAUUGCUAUCAGUGGACAUUCCAAUGGCAACGGGACCCGAUCAACGUAUAUUCCUGAUUGGAGAUGAAGAAGAAUAUAGAGUGGGUGGUGGGUUGAUAUCAGAGCUAAGAGAUCCUGUUGUGAAAGCAAUGGCAGCAGCCAAGGAGUUUGAAGAUCGUGACAUAAAAGAGGACAAAGAAGAUGCCGAGAAAGAACUCGAGGAAGCAGAGAGAAAACACCGCGAGGAAGUUGAAAAGAUUCAAAGAGAAGCUUCAUAGUCGCCCUUUUUCCCCUGCACGUUUUGUUGGUUUUUCUUCUUAAUUUUAGAAUGAGUUGUUCAUAUCCUUGUAAUCGGGACAAAGGCCAAAUCAAAUGGAGUCAAGAAUGUGACUAGGAUACAUUGAAAGAAAGAUCUUCUAGGAAAAUAAGUUUGAAAUUGGCUGCAUCUCAGAUGAACAUCUUUUUCGCAAGAAUCAACUACUGCUAAUAUGGCUUUUCACAA